AGCAGGUGGGCAGCCCGCUUUUGGCAUUUCCGCUUACGGUCACACCGCUCAGCUGAUUUCGAAAAUACGUUUUCCAGUGAGCAACCCCGUCGCCAGUUAUUUUCGUCACUUAUUUUCAUUAUUUCGACGCGAGUGGUUCGUUCCGUGCGGUUUUAUUUACGAUUUAUCGUGUGUGUCGCACCGAAAUGAUACUGGAAGCGGAGCAUCCGCAUCAGCGCGCUGCAAACGCCGCCGAAGCGAUUCGCGAAUCGCACAUCCGCUGGCGCUUAAAUCAUUUAACUGCUUUAAAUGCCUCAAAAAACCAUUCGCGUGUCAAGUGCAGCGGUCGUGUGGUCAGUCGAAAUCACUAUUUCAAGCAUAGUCGCGCAUUUAUGUGGUUCCUGCUCUGCAAUUUGUUGGUGGGCGUGGACCGUGUCCACUCCCAGCUGCUCAUCAACGUUCAAAAUCAGGGCGGCGAGGUGAUCCAGGAGAGCAUUACCUCCAACAUUGGCGAGGACCUGAUAACACUGGAGUUUCAGAAAACCGACGGAACGCUCAUCACCCAGGUCAUCGACUUUCGCAAUGAGGUUCAAAUCCUCAAGGCUUUGGUGCUGGGCGAGGAGGAGCGUGGCCAGAGCCAGUACCAAGUCAUGUGCUUCGCCACCAAGUUCAACAAGGGCGACUUCAUCUCCUCGGCGGCCAUGGCCAAGCUGCGCCAGAAGAAUCCCCACACCAUUCGCACUCCCGAGGAGGACAAGGGCCGGGAGACCUUCACCAUGAGCAGCUGGGUGCAGCUGAACCGCUCCCUGCCCAUCACGCGCCACUUGCAGGGCCUCUGCUCGGAAGCUAUGGACGCCACCUACGUGCGGGAUGUGGACCUCAAGGCCUGGGCGGAAUUGCCAGGCUCCUCGAUUUCCAGCCUGGAGGCGGCCACCGAGAAGUUCCCGGACACGCUAUCCACGCGCUGCAACGAGGUGAGCAGCCUGUGGGCGCCCUGCCUGUGCAACCUGGAGACCUGCAUCGGCUGGUAUCCCUGCGGGCUCAAGUACUGCAAGGGCAAGGGGGUGGGAGCGGGGGCCGACUCUUCGGGCGCACAGCAGCAGGCUCAGCAGACGAAUUAUCGCUGCGGCAUCAAGACCUGCCGCAAGUGCACACAGUUCACCUAUUAUGUGCGGCAGAAACAACAGUGCCUCUGGGAUGAAUGACGACGCGGCGAGCUGCAGCUGAUGCAGAUGCAGAUGCGGUGUGCCAGGCGGCGCAAUGGUAGCGAUGAUGGCAAUACCUGCCCGGGAGUUUCGAGCGAAACAAGAGCACCAGCAGCAGCAACAGCAGCAACACAGGCGACAAUAAAUGGAGCAGCAGGAGCGGCAGGAUCUGGGAAAGAUACUACUACGACAACAACGACGACCAACAAAUUACGCCAACUGCUUUUGUUGGUCCAGCAGCAGAUGCCUUUUGCUCUGUGGAGUUUUCCGGUCCAUCACAUUUCCCAGCCCCAUUCCCGUUCCCAUUCCCACUCCCAAUCUCAACACAAAACCAACGAGCAGCAGCACCAUCAGCAUCAUUCUCAGGUUGCCCCCACUGCGCAUCACCCGUCAUCAUCAUCAUCAUCAUCAGCAUCAUCCGCAAUGGCCGCCAUCGUUGCGUGAUAAUGAACGCUUGAGAUACCCAACAUCCCCAAUCCACUACACGACCAGAAAAAAAUAAACGAGUGUUGACACUUUUUCCGCUCACCAUUCAAGAUUCUGGACACCCCGCCACCACAGGAAAAAAAGAAAGGAGUUAAGCGAACAAAAAAUGUAAAAAUGUGCUUCUGUAUACUAUGUAUAUAUAUAUAUGUAUAUUUAACGAUGAUUAGCUUUUAGCCAGCUUACGUUUUACGCUUAUGCCUGAUUUUGUUUUAGACCUAGGUUAGGUGUUCUUAAUCAAUUUAAACCGAAGCGAGCUCUCUGAAUUAAAGGUUAAGCACGUUUGAUA